AUGCCUGCAGGGCCGUCCGGUGUUGUUGUCUUGACCGUUAUCUACGUCCUCAUCGUAGUAUCCGCGAUAAUCAUCGGCGCCCGAAUUUAUCUACGAUUGGCAAUCCAGAAGCAGCGCCUCGUGGCAGCAGACUGGCUGCGCAUAUCAGCGUGGUGCACUGCGUUCGUUACCGGCUUCUUCGAUAUACUCUAUGCGAAAGAGGGCGUUUUGCAUCCUGGGAUCAAUUAUACUUUGUCUAAUUGGGAUGCCACGUUGGAACAACAGAUCAGAAUGCGCAAGUACAAUUGGGUCAAUCCUUUCCCAUUCUACACGACGUUUUAUCUAUGCAAGGCAUCCCUGCUUGUUAUUUAUAUACAGCUAUUUCCGCCAUUCAUGGUCAUGAGGAGACUCAUGGUUUGGAUCGUGGUUGUGUAUUGUGUCUGCGCUUACAUCGUCACCAUUUCUCUCCAACUGUUCCUCUGCUACCCGAUCGAACGAAACUGGGCGGUCACAAAUCCAGAAGAAGCAUGCAGCUUCAGAACGACGCUUCUGAUGUUCCAAAUCAAUUGGGUGUUGCAUUUCGUCGGAAGCAUCGCUCGCAAGACUGAUACCUUCAUAGUUUUCUGCCUCCCAUUUCUCAUCAUCCAUAAUCUGAACAUGCGCAGGAAAGUCAAAGUCGGUGUUUACUGCAUCUUUCUCUUGGGCAUCAUCGACAUAGCAUUCUCUCUCACGCGCUUCUUGACGAUUCAACUGGGCGACAGCGAAGACUUUAGAUCUUUUACGAUAAUUGAACUCUGGUGUUCCCUCGACGUGUACAUCGGUCUUGUCAUCUGCUGCAUCCCAGCUCUCCGACCAUAUCUUCACAGGAAGGGAGUCAACUACAACAUCCGGGAAUCAGGACGUCCUUCAAAAUCUGGUCAUGCGAUACGUCGGACAGGCCAGAGUGGGUUUGAAGAGAUAAUUGAAGGGCCGGGUCUUAGGGAUGAUGGUCGAGAUGAUUCAUGGUCUGCAUCUCACUCUUGUGAGAUUACAGCAGAGCUAAGCGAUAAAAAGGAAAACGGGAGUGAUAUUGAGCUGGUUAGUAUUGGGGUUAGCAAGAAUAGUGUGUAG